CGUUGUCCCCAGGGUGUCCCCGGGUUGCCACUCCCCUGGGAAGGUGCGCUGCUGCCUGUGGGCUGCUUUGCGUGCGGCCUCAGCGCCGCCUGCGCGGCUGAGGUCAGCGCUGCCUCGAGCUGGGGAUGGAGACAUGGGGGAGUCGCGAGGCCGACGGCGUCCCCUCGAGCCCCGGCUGCUGGCCCUGCUCCUCAUCGCCGCAGGCACCGCAGGCACCCAGCCGCAGCCGGUGAGCGGCGUCCGGGGGCGCUGGGUGCUGCUCUCCCCGGCGCUGCCCAACGGCAGCAGCGUGAAGGCGGUCGAAUGGUACCUCUGGGCCGGCGCCGGUAAAAAAAUUCCAGUGGCCGAGUUUGGCCCGGAGGGGUUCAAGCGCCCCGACCCCCAGGACCGCUUCGAGCGGCGGCUGGAGAUGCCCAACGGGACGGCGCUGAGGAUCGGGGGCCUGGAGCUGGGCGACAGCGGGGUCUACGAGGCGCGGAUCAGGUACCACACCUCGGUGGCAGUGGAGGAUCAAGCCUUCAACCUCUCCGUCUACGCCGGCCCCAGCGUGGCGGAGGAGCCGGAGUACGCCCAGGUCCUGAGGAGAAACCCCCCCGAGGAGGACGAGCAGCCCCCCCAGCCCUGCGCCCCCCUCAAAACCAUCUACAGCGAGGUGGGGGCCGGCACGCACGGCCUGGCCUAGCCGCAGGCCUGAGCAGCAGGACCACGGCCGGCCGGACAGACGGAGGACGGCCGGACAGACACGCGGCCCUUUGACCCUUUUUCGCUUUGUUUCACCCCAUUCCUUUCCCUUUCCCUCCCCAAAAGCAGGGGGCUCGG